AUGAAGGGCCCCAGCAGCCUGGUGGUGACAGCCUUGGCCCUUCUCCUGGCGCUGUCUGUCCUGGGAAACGCCAGCGGAGCUCCACAGAGACUCUUCGAGAGGAGGAACUGGACUCCCCAGGCUAUGCUCUACCUGAAGGGUGCACAGGGCCGCCGCUUCAUCUCCGACCAGAGCCGCCGGAAGGAGCUCGCAGACCGGCCGCCUCCAGAAAGACGAAACCCAAAUCUUCAACUUCUGACUCUCCCAGAGGCUGCAGCCCUGCUACUGGCUUCGUUGCAGAAACCACAAGAAGAUGAGGGAGGGAAUUUCGACCAAAGUGAAUUCCUCGAAGACAGACUGCUGAGCUGGUGAAAAUGCACCAGGGCACAUUCAAGUGUACUUCUGUCCAUGUAAAAACCACAGCCCCAGGACUAGGACCCGUGCACCCUUCCUUCCACACCUGUAACCUUAGACCCCUGUGCCUCUAGGAUUACUCUUCCAGGAGCAAAAGACGCGUGAAAUUCUUCGCUGGAACGCCGCCAAGUUCGUUCCCCGCUUUGGGUUCGCAUCACCUGUGUCUGAUGCAGGCCUGGAUUCUAUAUGGCCUUUAGAAUGCCAAGGCUGGGGACUCAGAAAUGUGCGCUCUUUUCCCUGCAGUCGGGCGCUGUCUGGAUCUCGGCAGUUUGUUUCUCAGCCCGUCACCCCUUUCGGCAUCACUCGCAGCAAUUCUCCUGUUCCCCGUUUCUCGUUCCCAGUAAGAGAGAAGGCAGGCACGGCAGGGCUUUCUGUGUACGGAGCAGCGGGUAUCUUUCUGUAGCUCCUCUAGAGAAGUCAGUUAAGGAGGAAGGUGGGGAGAGGAUGCGUGGGAUAAAGCAUCCAUGGAAACGGGUGUUAUCUACUGCUGUUUAGACAGGGGAACCUGCAUGGUCCCGAACCCCUUGGAAGGUCAGUGAAGACCCAGGGCUGGGCGCCUCCUUGUGUUCCUAGGGGAUCUAACUGAAGUCCACUUAGAAACUUGGACCUGAAAGUCACUGGCAUAAACAGAUGGAGAUGGAGUUUGGCAGAGCAUAUGCCACACAAAGGUACCCUGUUGAGGUACUCUAAUUUCUGUGGCUGAAAGAGACUUCACCAUGACUUUACAUUAAGGUACUCCCAUGACACGAGUGUAUUCCAUAUGCGUGAUUUACCCAUUUCCAAAUCUAAACACAAGUUCAGGCGUGUGCACUCGCGUGCGCACACACACACAUGCACACACACGCACACACACACAGAGUGGGGGAAUUUGGGGAUGAGAUCCCUACAACAGGCAAAAUAACUACUUGGAAUUACAGCCUGAUCACCAUGGUAUUUUUUACCUAAUCAAUUCAGAGUUGUUAACCAUAGCAACUGACAAGUGUUGAUUCUUAUCACCCCCACCUCACAACUAUUGCUUCCUAGCUACAGAAUAUCUUUAUGUGAACAUCUGUAAUCUGUAAUUCUAUUGCUUCCUAGCUACAGAAUAUCUUUAUGUGAACAUCUGUAAUCUGUAAUUCUGACUUGGGCUGUGUUAAGUAAUUAAAACCAUGUGUAUAUGUUUUGUCUGCAUCUCUCUUCACAAUUAAGUAAUAAAACUAUAUUAAAUUAA